AUGAUGUUAAUGAUGCGCUACGUGCUGUGUAUCCUCGCUCUCCUGCUCUCCUGUGCGUGUGUGCACGUCCUCGCUGAAGAAGUGCCUGCCGCCGAUCUUUCCGACCAAGUCCCUGAUACGGAGAGUGAGACGAAGAUUCUUCUUCAAGGUACUCCUGUUUCUGAGUGUACUGAAGAGAAACCUGAAUGUAAGAAACAACGUGAUUCUAGCUGCCCUGAUGGUGUUACUACUGGUAAUUGUGCUCUUCCUGUUAUGCAACGUGGUGUUGAUACUUCGGAGUGCCCUCUUGGUGAAACUUAUCGUACUCCUGAUGGUACUUGUACUUCAGUAUCACAUCCAGCAGUACUACAACCAGAUCAUAGUCAUGCUGCGGAGGCAAGAGGUGGAUUGGAACACACAGACGUUAAUGAUCCUCCACUUGGUAGCAGGGACCCUGUUAAAGUUGAUCCUGGUAAUAGAGGUAAGCCGGAUGUGAAGGAUCCAGAUGUGGAUGUGAAAGGGCCUAAGGUGGAUCCGCAGGAGCAUCCGGUCAAUGAAAAAGGACCUGUUGAAAGCCCUCAAAGACCUAAUGAACUGACUGAGAGGGAUAAUCACGCUGGAACAAGUAAGAACCAUCAGGCACAAACUUCUGAUUCUGAACCAACUUCACGUUCUCCUGGUACUCCUUCUUCAGCAGUUCUUCCUACUACAUCACAUCCUGAUGGUACCACAAAAGGUAAUGAAUCAGUGUCUCAGCAGAUACCAAGUGGUGAUCGUUCACAGGAUAACAGUGAUCAGGGAGAUAAUGUUCAAGGUGCCAACACAAAAAACACAAACACAACAGCUCCAGAAAGUAAUGAUGGACAAGACUCUUCUACUUCCACAACUCAAAGUACAGGUAAUACUUCUUCCAGCAAUACACCCACAGAAGAAGCGCAGAAUAAUCAGACUCAAAGUGACCCUAAUACUGCAAACCCCGCAGAGGGUGCAUCAACCAGUAAGGAAUCACCCACCACCACAACAACACUUCCUCCUGAACUCACAAACAACAAGAAGGGUGAUGCAGACAGCAGCAGCAGUAUCAGCAGUUCUGUGUGGGUGCGUGUACCACUACUGAUUGUGGUUACACUGUCCUGUAUUCUUAUGUGCUGA